GCGCUACGUCCGUCAAAGCACUUUCUGUAAGAGCGCGCGAGUGUAGAGUGGCAUUCUUGUCGUUCCGAUGCUGUCUAGAUAGGCAUCGAUGUGUUUGAGACGCGGCCGUGCUGUCUCUUGGCAGCAAAAGAGGCUUUUGGGGUCUUACCGGAAAUCAACUUUUAUUUAUUUAUUUUUGUUUGCGUCUCAAACUUGUGACUGCUGAAAGUCGAAAGAGGAAAAAGAGCCGCAGAGUCCCGUUACAGUUUAGCCUCAUACACAGUUCCUUGUUUUUCAUCGUCAUGGUGGAUGUGAGAAAGUGGAGACGAAGAGACGUCGACAGUUUGAACCCGAGAUAAAGUCCUGCGUCGGGCGUUUUCUUCUGCUCAUAACGGGAUCUUUGUUUUGUUUUUAAUAUCAUGGAAGAUGGUGUGAAAGAGGAGCCAGCCAAGCCCAAAGAGGUGACGAGCUCUGGGAAGGCCGGCUGGCUGAAGAAGUAUUCAGGGAAGUUCUUUGGCAGCUACAAGGACCGAUACAUUCAUCUGGACCGAACAGUGAUUGCAGUCUAUGAGAAUGAGGAAUUGACAACAUGCCUGGAGAAACUGGACUUGGUCAACUAUGAGACUUGCCAUGAGUUAAAGAGUAUUUUCACGAAGAAACACAGACUGAUACUAAUACGAAGCCCCAAGUACGCUAACAAGGUCCAAGAUGUCAAACUUCAAGCACAAACCCCAGAGGAGAAAGAGGCCUGGAUAAAGGCACUGAGUGAAGGAAUCAGUCAGUCAAAGAACACAGUUUUUGAUGAGGUAAAAGUGGAUGAAAGCUGCUCUUUAGAACAUGUUACACGGAACCGACCAAAAGGGGACCGUGGAAGAAGGCCGCCAACAAGGAUACACAUGAAGGAGGCUGCAAAUGUUUCAAGUGAUGGAAUGUUUAGACUAGACCUUGAUGGUGAGGUCACGGUACAGAAUGGAACUCAUGGCUUGAAAACAGAAGGGGAUAAACAAACGGAACCUUCUAAACCAUCUGCAGCGAUGAACAACAUUCCAGAGGAGGACACUGAUGAAGAGUCCACACCCCAGAAGAAAGUUAUAAAGCCGCCCAUGCCGCCAUCAAAAGACAACAAACCCAGUGAAACUCAUAAAGAGGAUGAGGCCAAAAAUGAGGAACCUGCAGCUCAAAAGAAGCCCCCACCGAUGCCUCCAUCAAAGGAGUUAAAACCUUGCGCCUCUGUUGAUGGGGCUGCUGUUGAGAAGAAUGUCUCGGAUAGUAAAGUGGAGGUUGAAGCAGAAAGCACUGACUCUUCCGAAUCAACCCCUUCCACCAAGAGCGUUCAGGCCCCUACUCCUCCUUCCAAAAAUAUGAAGCCUACCCAACCGGUAACACCAGCCACAGUCACAAUAGAGGAAAAAGAGAAGAAUAAGGACGCUGAUGGUGAAAGUACCAAGCUAGAUGGAGUUUCAAAUGAGAAAGAAGACCUGGAUAAGUUAGAAGGGGUAGAGACCAUUGUUCGAUCUAAAAAGGUCAUGAAACCACAAGUAGUGAUGUUGGAUUCACCCAUUAUGCCUUCAAAAGAACCUGAACAAGAAGUGCAAGACUCAAAGAAAGCAUCUGAGACCACUGGAGAAGUUGCAACCUCACUAGAACCUUCUCAACUUAAUCUUACUCCACUUUCAACUCCUGAAUCUGUGAAAAAGAGCCCCGGACCCCCUGCUCCACCCAAGAAGAAGCCAGGCAAGGCACCUGCCAAGACAGAAGACACUGCCUCAAAAAGUGACCCAAUGGUCGUUGCGUCUUCAGAAACAGCUGACAUCAAAUUGGCUAUUCCAGAACCCAAAACUGAGCCAAUUGUAGAUGUGUCAAGUGAAGAUUUGGAGGAGAAGUCUUUAGACAGUGGCCAGCACUCAGGAGAGGAGUCUGAAACCGGUGAUCAUGUUACACCAUCCUCCGUAAAGCUCAAAGGAAGCUCCCAGGAACUUGAUUUGGAGACCAGUGAGGAGGAUCGAAAACCUUCUGACAGCAAAGCCGAGAGCUUGGAGGAGCCAUUGUUAGAAACCCCACCCACCUCCUCAAAGACCUCAGUUCCCAAUGCAAACCCAACCCCAAGCCAAUGUGCCAACAUGUCCCUGGACCUCACCAUGCCUCUCAAGCGUUCUUCCAAGGCCCGCUCCGCAUCCCUAGGUGACCUCCUUGUGGAGAAUGCAGAGAAGAUGGAAAAAAAUAUACCAGUUAAUCCACAAGGAAGUGACGUAAAAGACUUUCAAAGCAAAAUGUCUUCUAAAAACAAAGAGACUGGAGAGCUGCCGAACGCAAUCGUGACCGGACAGAGUGGUGAGAUGGAAAUGAAAGGGGACUCGAGCCCGGAGUUCAGGAAAUCUGACCAGUUACUGAAAGAAGCCACAAAUCUUAACAAUCUUAAUAACAGAAACAGAUUAAGUUUUUAAUGGUAAAUGUUGGUGGAAGGAAACUUGUAGGGAUGAUUGAUCUAUGCUGAAAAUGAAAUUUGAAAGUAUGAAAGUGAUCAAAUGCAAUUCUUAUCCCCAACCAAUUUCAAAUCUCUAAGAAACCUCAAACGACUAAAGAUGUCUUAAGGCUCGGGUAUACUCUCCUCUCGCACACAGCCGUGUCCCAAGCAUACGGAUCCGUGGAUGGAUGAGUUUGACACAUGCGGAGUACCACCUACUGGACUCUCUCGGUCUCAACAUUUACAUUUAAAAAAAUUGGGCUGCAUGCAAACGAUGUGUGUGGAUGUCUGCAGUUUACUCUGGCCUUUAUAGUUUUGGUAAAAUAGCUGUAAAAAAAUAGCCAUUUUGAAAAAUAUGAUUAAAUCACUGGCUUGUGAUUUUCUAGGGAUCCUGAAGACCUUGAUGAGCUUGCUCAGGUGUGUGUAAUUAGGGUUGUACGUGGACUGUCAGCACGGACACAAAAAUUGAGCUGCAUGUGUUCCUGGAGAGAGUAUAGUUAUAGCCCUGCUCCAAAACACCUGUCUGUAAACAUCAAGAGCUCCUGAAGAUCUUCAUUAGCUCAUUCAGAUGUUUUUGAUCAGGGUUAGAGCUGGACUUUGCAGGAAGAUAGAUUGCAAUGAACAUGGGUCAACUGCCUAGAUCAGGGUUUCUCAAGAAGCCCUCAGGGUGCGCUUUAUCCAACCAUUUUAAUCAACAAUAUUUGAACGUUUAAUCAAGUUCUUCGAGAUUACUAGACUUUACAGUCAGGUGAGAUUGAUCAGGGUUGGAGCUGAACUCUGCUAGAAAGUGCAUCUUAAGGGUUAGAGUUGAGAACUCCUGCUUUAGAUGAUGACACUGAAGGCCUGCAUGUUUUUGGUAGGAAGACAAACCAUUUAGUAAAAAUUGAGCUAAAUUUGUACAUGCUACAUUUUAUUUUGUGAAGAAACGUGCUAAAUUUGCUAGCAGGGUUAGCAUACCUGAUGUUAUGUCAUGUAGUGUGGUCUUACUUUAGGCUUUCUGUGUUUCUUACCCCAUGUUUAGUUAUAUUUGGUACUUUGUUAAAAUGGAUUUAAACCCCCAUAAGUUACAAAUGCACAUAACACCUGUUAGAUAAGUAAGCGUUUUACACCGAACACAUUUGUGGAAGGGUGACAUGUUGUAUGCUGAGUUUUGCACUGCAACUUUUGUAUAAAAAAAAAAGAGGAGUUGAAAAUUUAAGAAUCAGGGGACAUGUUAAAAGGUUUCUAGUAAGUGGCUACCAAGGAGCUUUUAAAGGUUUUGUUUGUAUGUUUUAAUCCGCAGUCCCAGUUUCCCCUUUAAAGGUGCUGUGCUGCCGUUUUACUAACUUGGGCCAAACUGAAUAAAACCCUAAUUCUAUUAAACCUCUGGCCCUUUGAAUGCCUUUUCAGCUAACCUGAAUAUGCAAGAUAAUUCACAGGGAGAUUUCUGUUUGGCCAUCAACCCCGCCCCAUAUAUAUAUAUAUAAAUGUUUUUAUAUAUAUAUAUGUAUUUUUUUUAAACCGAGAAAGAUCGUUGUGUGUUAUGAGACACAUUUUUUAGUUAUCUGUCAGGUAAAAUAAGUAGCUAAAUAAACAAUUACAGUGCCUUAAACUUCUCAUAUAUAAAGGUUAAUAAUCACAGUUUAAAGCUUUAUAUUUCCUGAUCCAUGUCUGUUAUAUAAAGUGCAGGCUAGAGUUUACUGUUUGUCUUUUGUCCAUUCUGAAUGAUUAAUGAUUAUCUAAUCUAAAAAUAUCCACAUUAAUAUUUAAGACUUUCACAAAUACCCUACCGUUUAAACAUUUGGUUUUGGGAAGACUUAAGUGUUUUUCAAAAGUCUCUUCUGCUCAUCAAGGCUGCAUUUAUUUGAUCAAAAACACAGUAAAAAAAAAAAAAGUGAAAUGUUAUUACAAUUAAAAAUAACUGUUUUCUAUUUGAAUAUAUAUUUAAAAGCUAUUGGUAUUAUGUGAUAUGAAUGUUGAAAACGGUUGUACUGCUUAAUAUUUUUGUUGAAACCUGAUACAAUGUAUUUUCAGGACUCUCUGAUGAAUAGAAAGUUCAAAAUAACUGAAAUUUGAAAUGUUUUUACACUCACUUUUGAUUAAUUUAAUGCAUCCUUGCUUCAUAAAAGUUUUUGUUUCUUUAAAAGAAAAAAACUUUCCAGCACGUAACUUUUGAACAGUAGUGUAGAAGUUGCAACUUCUAAUUGUAACAAGUUUUCUGUGUAACCUACUUCAUUUUCAUCUUCAUUUUCUGCCAGCCUUGUCUAAAAAUACUUGUGCAUGGUAGCAUUGUGAAAAGUCACUUAAUCAUGCAAACACAGACUUCUAGUAAAUGGUAUGGGGGAAAAAAUUACAGUUGAAGUCCAUGGCUACUGUUAAUCUUUAUUUUUGGGUGAAGUAUCUCUUAAAUACUCUGUUCCUUUUUUUUUUCUUUCUCAUACUGAUGCGAUGGGCAAAGCGGUUCCCACAGUCUAUUAAUAAUCUGCAGAUACUAGAUUCAUGCAGCACUUCACCUCUAGCUUAAGUCAGCAAAACCAACUGUGUAGCUGAGUUUUACUUCAGUGUAUUCUAGACCUAACAGAAUCAAGAAUAUUCCCAUGAUGAAAACUGAUUAUUUUUUUGUGGUACCAUUUUGAAAAAUAUGAUCUUGCAUGUAAAUAGUCCUUUAUAUAAAAGUAUGUAGUCUUUGAUAAUGGGAUUCAUUUUAGUUCUUUGUCCUUUGCGCAGUACAUUUUAGUGUUUCAUUUCCUAAUUUCCCUCUGAAGUUUCAAUUUGUAUCAUUUCUCUAAUAUGUUUAAUGAAACUAUAGCCCAGUGAAUAUUUGAAAAUUAUGUUGUACAUAGCCCGGCCAGCAGGGAAAUGCUUAAUAUUUAAGUUAUUAAUGUUCUGACAUGUUUGUCUGUCUAAUCAAAGCUUAAGAUCAAAUGUAGAUUUACUGUUAAAUGUUUACUGUUGAUGGAUUUAUGUGCGAGUAUCUAUUACCUGUAUUUACUAACUGCACUAAUAUAUUUUUAAUCUAAUUGCAUAUUAAAUGUGCAAAAAUGGGAAAUCAUUGCUUUGCAAAGCAUGUCUCUAUUUUUAUGAAAUGUCAUAUGCUGAAAGGUUUGUAAUGUUUUUUUUUUUUUAAAGAUAAUGAUAUUUUUAUCAAACCUGCAUUAAUCAAAUCUGUCAAAAAAAAUUAAAUGAACUCCAUAUA